UUUUAAAUGACAACAUUUCGAUGUACGGUGAUUACAAAGAAAAAACUUGUCACUCUUACAAAAUUAUUAAAAAAUGUGCACGUCUGUGCAUAUUCAACGUAGCACAGACGUGCAAUAUUCAACGUCAUUUUUUUCGUCAGAGUCUGGAGUAUACGCACACUACUUUUGAACGGGAACAUUACUUUUUAUGCCGAUUUAAAUGAUUUUUAAUGAUACAUCUGGCCCUCCACACUGAGAGAAAUAAUUAGUAAAUAUAACGAAUUUUUUGGUAAAUACUACCAAUCUAUAGUCAUUUUCGACCGUACUAAUAAACACAUAUGUCAAGCAGAACCAUGAUUCGGAAGCCCAAUAUCGGCUACAUUUUCUCGCCGAAAAUGCACGUAUCAGAAUUAUAUCCUUAUUAUACCUCCGUAUUGCCUUAUGGGAACAAUGAAAAUGGUUAAUACGCGCUUUUCUCACCAAUUUUCAGAUAUGACAAUAUCCAAGCUUACUAAUGUAAUCGAGUAAAAUAUACUAAUCUCUGGUAGGGAUGCGGUUUUGUUGACAAUAUGUACAAAAAAUUUGUACAUUCUACUAAUUUUGCAUUACCAAAUGUAUUUAGUAGUUUUCGACCGAGGAUUUUUCUAAGGGCAGAGAAGAGUUUUUUGUUCCUUCGGCAAACGCUGAAUUGGGCAUACAUGAGCCCAUGUUGCAAAGUCUCAUCUUGCACAGUCUCAGCUAUCUGAUGAAAAUUUGACUAACGAUACGAUAGAAAAUAAUCAUAGUACUUACCAUGAAAAGUAAGGAAAUUUGUAGUGAAUCUAAACGAUUUAAAUUAAUUCAAAAUAUAAGUUUAUCAAUCUAUUAUUGAUGAUAGCUGUAACCCGAAGAAAAUGAAAAAAAGAAAAAAGAAAAACACAGUAGCCUAGCAAAAACAAAUCCAUCACCCGGCUCAGAUCGUACCGUUUUUCUAGAAGUUCUACUCGAUCAUCUUCUGAAAAAAUCAAUCAGUCGUAAUGAAUUUGGACCACCUCCGCGAUCAUCUCCCUUACACAACGUACGCCUUCCGGACGUUCUCCGCCGAGGAGAAGAUGAAACUAGAGAUCACCCUCCGAGUACUGCAGCACGACCAGCAGCUUGUCAUCGUGUACUUCUUGGGCAAGCUAGAAGGUGCGGAUGCGGAUUACUAUCUGGCGUUUGGUUGUUCUAGCCGGGACGUUUUUAGAUGUAGGAAACUUUUCUACAGUCAAGAUUUGAGCGACUGGUUCCUGCUGCAGGAACCGAAAGAGUGGCAUACGGAUUGGGACAAAAUACAGACUCCCUUCCGCGGUGAUCCAGCUUUCCGCGAAGUGGUGGAUUUGGGACCGGAGUUCACAUUGGAUGAGGAUCUUGUUCCGGUAGAGGGCGAAAGAAAGCGAUUCGCUGUGAAUGAGCAGGAUCGUUUGUGGUUCGUUGUUACGAAAGUAUUGGAGGAAGCCGCCAUUGUUCCGCGAGGAGUGCUGUACCAUAAUACCGAGGGGGAAUCUGUCAUAAAUCCGUUCUUCGGCGGCCUGAGCGUAAAAGAUAGCGUUAAAUUGCAAAAUUAUCAUCAUUUCAGAAAACCGUUUUAUGGGGUUCAAGAGAAUCUCUUGAAAAGAGAUGAUUGUAGUUAUUUUCUAGAUGUAUUCGAUACUAUUGAUGAUCUAAUUCCGAAGGAGGCUAGUUUCGCGAUAACCCAGAACAUAGACAGAGAUGUAUUGGUAUUGAAGCCUCUUCAUUGGCCGGGAAUGAUCAACUUUCAUAGAGCGAAAACGGCGAUUUACGGAUUUCUAUACUUCGGCGAUGGCAGAAAGAACUGGGACCUAUUGUUUAUGAUUUGAAAUUUCUAUAAUAACCAUAAAUAAAAUUACACAUUCAAUAUUGAACAUCGUUUGCUAUACAUAUAAUCCAUAGUUUAUUGCUUUUAUUUCAUUAUUUUCCGAGAGAAAAUUCCUAAUUUUCCGUCGGCCAUCGGUUUUUGAGAGCAAUAACACAUGGUCUUUUCCAAUAAAUUUAAGCUAAACAUCUCUGCU